AUGGCAUCGUCGCGAGCACCCCAACCUCCCCAAUCUGCAUCCACCAGCGAUUCACGCCGUGCAGAAUGGUGUCGCAUCCUAAUACCGGUCCCUAACCACGAUGAAUUCUUCACAAUCGAAGAACUCAACACCCGCCAUACGCAUGACGUCCUCAUGCAUUGUCAAGAGCUCUUUGAGACGUACCAAGAUACAGGAGACACGUCAUGGCUAGAAAAACGCCGCCUAACACUCCAACAAUGGCUGAUUCGAUUCAACGCGAUGACCGUACACCUAGAACAGUGCAAGAACGCUGUCCAGACGGCUUUGGACUUAUCGCAGCCAGAUGAAAUGGACGACACUUAUGCAUCGCCUACAGUUCCUCCUCCUCGUCAAGCAGCAAUAGAAAUACCUGCAACCCCUCCCCCCUCUUCCCACAGUAGAAUCAUGCGACGAAGACUGCAACAAGUUGGCUCAACUCCAAUCAAGGAAGAAGAAGAGGGAGGCUCAUUGACGCCUCAGAGCUACUUGGAGCAGAAGAUCGAGGCUACUUGGCAUAAAUACAACUGGAACCUCCAGUUCACCCUCACGUACAACGGCUUUGACGCCGACCCCCCCGACUGGUACUUUGCGCGACGGGAACACGGCCAAUGGGUUGGGAGCGGCCUGCGAUGGGAAUGCGACGGGGUGAAGGUCAAGAAGUACCUUGUCCUAUCCACACCGCGCAACCUCGCCAUCGUGCACCACGCGCUGAAUUUCCUACGAGACCACAAGGAAAGGCUAGAAGAUGACCGGGCCGUGGCCGGCGGCAACCGCAAGGACGAGCCGCUGCAGCUCAUGGUCAUCGAAGCCGGGUCGAACCGGCAGGUUUUCGCCUCGGGCCGCAUCCUGCUGCGCGACAUCGACUUCGACGGCAACGAGGAGAUCCGCAGUCCGCUGUCGGGCGAGAUCGUCGACCUGCAGGAUACCAGCUCGAACGAUCUGAUCUUCCCGGUCGAGGAGAGGACCUUGCGGGAUAUAUAUAACCUCCACGAAGACAUCGACGCCGAGAUCGACGCGCGCGACGAAGCUGCCGAAGCAGAGCGCCGGGAUGGCAAGGAAGAUACUCACGCCUACUAAGUUCUAACUGGGGCAUCAAAGCUUGUUGUUCAUUCAGCACAGGAUAUUGCGUGGUGUGUAUCAAGGAGAAUUGUUGUUUCAGAUGAUAAUGUUUCCGUAUUUGGCUCGUUUUAGGAAACACAAGCACGCUUGCUGAGUGUACCUAGGUUAGUUUUUUCGCAUUCCUUGCCAAUCCCCAUCCCUAAGGGGGAGUAUUUCGGAGAAAGCAGAGAGUUGUAUUAAGUGGUUCUCUCUCCAUCACUACCUUAGGUCCUUGUGUUGUUAAGUUUUCGUAUAAACCCAUCUUGUAAUACUAAUUUCCGCAUUACCUGCUGUUUAGUUCCCGGUACGUUAAUAAAAAUUUGGUGCUUUCAAA